UACUAUAACCUUAGAAAAAAAUGAAAACAUUUUUAGAAAAAAAAAAAUUAAAGGUAAAUAAAAAGUAGAAUGAUUUUUUAUUAAAAGACAAUAUAGACAUUUUAUUCUGACUUACAAUGAGCUCCCUGGUUAGUAGUUCAGGUGUGGUACUGUUUAGCGCCGGUACUCUAGUUGGUGCCAUGUCAACCUAUUUUAUAUUAAGGCUUCGAAGUAAACCGAAACAUAAAACUGAGCCAGUUUGGUCUAACGGCAUGGAAGAAAGAUAUGAGUUUGAAGAAACGAAUGAUGAAGUUAGAUUAAUAUUAGGUGUCCGAAACGACUUAAAAAUGCAAAAAGGAAAGGUGGCAGCUCAAUGUGGGCACGGUGCGAUGGCAGCUUACGCUAAAACCUUAAGUACUUCACCAAAACUCUUAAAGGAAUGGUUAAAAAAUGGUAAAUCUAGUGGGACAAAAAUUGCCCUCAGAGUAGAAUCAGAGGAACAAUUGUUAGAUUUGGAUAGAGAAGCAAGUAAAUAUAAUGUUUUAAGUUGUAUUAUCAGAGAUGCUGGACAAACUCAAGUUGCUCCAGGUACUAGAACUGUGAUAGCCAUCGGACCUGCACCUAAAAGUAUUCUAGAUAAAAUUACAGGACAUUUAAAACUUUAUUAAUAAAUUAUUAUUUAAUAAAUUAUUUUUAAGAGCAACUGAUAUCUGUUAAUAUAUGUUAAUCAAUUAUUUCUAGAUCCCUUAAGAAACUUUCAUAAAAAAAAUCUAGGAUAUAUUAUUAGUACUGGCACAAAGUGCUAUUGUUAACUGUAGAAUUUAACGUACAGGAUGGUCCAUUAGUGCAAAAAUACAAACAAAUACCGUACAAU